AUGUUAAGAGCUAGAAGCUAUAAGUCCGGCAUCAGACGAUGUCCUUUGAUAAAUUGUACCUAUCGAAAUUUUCGGCUCGAUAACUUGAAAACUCAUUUGAAAUCGGGAAGACAUAAAAUUAAUAACAUCGUUGUGCUAAAUAAAAUUUUUGAAAUCGUCCGAAGCAAUUCUCUCCCAGAAGGAAAUCUCCUCCGUGUUGAAGAUAACGAAGUUAUUCAAGUUGCCAUGCCUAUGGAUUCACAGUUGAGAAACACGACAUUGAUCCAAGAUCAAGUUGCCAGUACCAGUGGUUCAACAAGAUCGCAAAGUUCAGCAGCUCCACAGGAAACACUGCAUUCCCAAGAUCCAAUAGCCAGUGUCACUGCUGACACUGAUGAACAAUUUACCGACCCUCUUACGGUUACAGACCCACUUCAACCACAAGCGACAGCAUCGUCAUCGAGUCAAGAAAUUCACUCACUGCAAGAAGCUGUUGCAUCUUUACACACUGCCAUUCAAAAAAUCAAAAUUAAUGAGAGGGACAUGAAAACAGUUCUUGUAGAUGCAAAAGCGGUUCUUGAGAGCAAACUUUCUGAAAUAGAUCAGCGCUUAGACAAGGCCGACAAUGUGGCUACCAUCGUUGAUAACAGCACGCAGUCAUUGGUUCAGUUGCAAAUGACAUAUCCUUGGCUACAAGUAAAGCUCCGGUCACCACCAAAUGCACCGUUAGGUGCAUGUUGUCUAUGUCAGCGCCAUUCUUUACAAAUACGUUCACUUCGUGGUUACUCCAGCAUGCAGAAUUGGCUCGAUUGUUCUGUUGUGCUUGAUAGCGAUCAUCGUGCGCAAAGAGUUAAAAAUCAUGAACAGUCAGAAUGUCAUAAAAGCAGCAAGUCAGCAGAAGAACAAAGAAAAAGGAAUGCUAUCUUAUUUUCCUCUCAAGUUGCUCAAAAGAAAGAGACGGAAGUUACAGAAAGGUUCCUUUUGCGAUGUUAUGGACUAAUACAGUGCCAUGUACCAUAUAACAGAUAUCCAUUCAUGACAUAUCUGCACCAUCUUCAAGGAGUGGAGGUGGGAAACCGACACCUAACUGAUAUGGCUAUGGCCAGUGCUUCCGAUUGUAUAACGUGCAGUUGCGAUCCUUGGUGCAAUUCAUUCAUUCACCCAACCCUUCAACUGGCCGUCUUCGGCACUGCCAUCUAUCAUUCGACAAAGUAACAGUUGAACAUAUUACACGUCAAGUAGUUAAUCUCAGAAUCUUGGAUCUUAAUGGCGAACUGGUCUGUGUCAAUGGAAAUCAAAGUGUCAUUUCUCGACAUGAAGAUCAUGUACCAGAUUACACAAUCAGUCUUGGAAAUAUUCCCUCGGCCGAUCAUACCAGUGAUGCAAGAGGUGUAUUCUGUCAUGUUUACGACUUUCUCCACAAGCAAUUAGAAAUGUCGAAUGAAACCAUCAGUCAUAUUGUAUCUUUGUCAUCUUCAGACUGUGAAGCCGUGUAUACAGGUAGAAUUCAGGGUCUUCAGCGUCUUUGGAAAGAGAAAUUCAAUCGUGCUCAUCUUCAUUUUGCUGACAGGGCGCACAAGAUCGAAUCCAUGAUCGGGAAGAUUCGCAAAGAAGCUGAAAUGAGAUGGCUCGAUGAAAUCUUAUCUCAACUGGAUAGUAUGAUCUCAAAAAUUUGCCAAUCACCAAAGCAACAUAGAAAUCGCAGACAUGCUGCAACCCUCGCUGAUUCACUGGUAAAGAGUAUGAAGAGGCUGGUGGAGACAAGAUUUAUACGUUACUUGGUUGGCUCAGUUGAUGCUGUUUUAACUAAUGCUUAUGUACUGGAAUUACUCUGGCAAGAACAAGCUGCUGAGGGAGAUAACGAAAUUCGUGGUCACUUGAAGAAUUUAGUGAGUCCGCUUUUUCUAUCAACCUUACUUAUACUCACCGACGUAUUUAGUCAGUCUGCAUUCACAAGUGAAGCUGCACAGUCUGAUCUGUAUCCAUUAUGGGAUGACAAAGCCAAUGUAGAUAAAUUUAUUGGAAACAUAACAAAAAUGAAUGAAAUGCCCGUUCUGGAAAAUCCCUUGAACAGACGGCUGCAUUUACAAUACCCAAGUAUCCAAAAAGGGAAUUUUACUCCAAAUUUUAGUAAACCCAUCAGCAAGUCAACAUUUUACAACAUGAUGUUCAAUUCCAACCUCGGGUACGACAUCGUCCACAACCGUUGA